AUGAAUAAUACACCUCCUGUAGUUCUUUUUUCACUGUCAGGCUUCAAUGCAACUACCAGCUAUAGAGCCACUUUAAUCUCUCUUACUCUACUAUGUUACUGUCUGAUUUUAUUGGUAAAUAUUGCUCUCAUUUUAACUAUACUGCUCCAUCAGAACCUACAUGAACCCAUGUACAUUAUUUUGUGUAAUCUGUGUAUUAAUGAACUUUAUGGGACUGCAGGCUUUUAUCCUAAAUUUAUUUACGAUCUUUUAUCUGACAGUUAUGUCAUACCGUACUCAGGAUGCCUUUUACAAAUCUAUGUGAUUUAUUCUUAUGCAAUGGUCGACUACUCUGUUUUGGCGCUGAUGGCUUAUGACAGAUAUGUGGCUAUUUGCAGACCGCUGGCCUAUCACUCUGUGAUGAAUGUGCAACGGACUGUUGCUUUAGUUUGUUUGUGCUGGCUGGUUCCUCUGAGCUGUGGGCUGCUGGUCAUGUGCUUCACAUCAGCUCUGAAGUUAUGCGGUUCCCACAUAGAUAAACUUUACUGUGAGAACUGGUCCAUUGUUAAACUUUCUUGUGGUUCGACAAAAGCAAACGACAUAGUUGGACUUACUGUUAUGGCCUUUUAUUUAGUCCAUGUUCUCUACAUCGCCUGCUCGUACGUCCAGCUUAUAAAGUCAGCUCUGACCUCCAAAGAGGGCAUGGGAAAGUUUAUCCAGACAUGUGUGCCACAUCUCAUAUGUCUGUUAAACGUCACAACCGCUUUGCUUUUUGACCUCAUGUAUUCCAGGUACGGAUCCUCAUCUGUGCCGCAGAGUUUAAGGAACUUCAUGGCUGUGCAAUUUCUCAUAAUUCCACCAAUUCUGAACCCUGUUAUUUAUGGGAUGAUCCUCACCAGAAUUAGAAGGACAAUGAUACGUUUGUGUUCAGUGGCAUAUUGAGGAUUCAAACUUAAAAACAUUGUCGGAAACAUAUCUGUUUAUUUUGAACCUACAGUGAAUGCUGUAUAUGACUGGAUUGAACUGAGUAUAUCACUACAAUAAAUAUUGGAUUUGUUUUACUGGUAAA